AUGUUUGGAAUACCGGAGGUUGUGGUCUCGGACAAUGGGACACAAUUUUCCGAUAAGAAGUUUGGGGAGUUCUUAACUGGAUUAGAGAUCAAGAAGAAAUUUUCCUCGGUGGAACACCCCCAGAGUAACGAGCAAUCCAAGGCAGCAAAAAAAAUUAUCCUUAGUGGAUUAAAGAAGUAUCUUGACCAAAGAAAGGGCUCUUGGGCUAACAAGUUGGCCUCUGUUUUAUGGUUCUAUAGGACAACGCCGCAAUUCUCCACCAGGGAGACACCUUUAUGGCUUACCUACAGUGUUGACGCGAUUAUCCCUAUGGAGAUUAGAGAACCAAGUCCAAGGUUGAUCCUAGGUGGAGGUAGUGAAGCGAUUGAAAAAGACUUAAUUGACGAAACAAGGGAGAUGACCCACUUGUCGGAAGCGGCAUUGAAAUAG